GCCGGAGCGCUGGUUGUAGUGUAGCGUGUCGUUUAAUUGUUAACGCAGAGCGGUUUCUAACUGUGCUAAAGUUCGCAUUAGCACGCAUGCCCCGUGCUGAACGAGUCUUUCUGUCCGGCCCAAAGUCACAUCUGAGGAUGUGCGAGAAAAUAUCAGGUUUCAAUUGACAGGCAGCGGCAGCCGGAGCACUAAAAGCGGCGUCUUCCCGCGGGACCUCCUCACCUCCCGCGAGCGCGCGCGCGCGCGAAGUAAAGAAAAAAAGCACGAGCCGCGUUACGGCUUAAUAACGCGGCCGUUAUUAAGCGAAGUCGUUAUAGCAUGGACCAGCUAUGUUGUCCAGAAAAGGACUCAUUCCCGAGGAUUAUCUGCUGACCCGCUUGGCGGAGGAUGUGCUGCAGCCCAAAUUCAAGACUAAAACGCGGAAAGCGCGCUUCGUCGCCAAGAACGGGACGUGCAACGUCGCGCACACGAACAUCCGCGAACAAGGACGCUUUCUCCAGGACGUCUUCACUACUCUAGUGGACCUGAAAUGGCUUCACACGCUGCUGAUCUUCACCAUGUCGUUCCUGUGCAGCUGGCUCUUGUUCGGGAUGAUCUGGUGGCUCGUCGCGUUCGCGCACGGGGAUCUGGACGCGAAAGGGGACGACUUCGUGCCGUGCGUAACGGACAUCCACUCGUUCUCCUCCGCCUUUCUGUUCUCCAUCGAAGUGCAGGUGACCAUCGGCUUCGGAGGGCGGAUGAUCACGGAGGAGUGCGUGUCGGCCAUCGUGAUACUGAUCCUCCAAAACAUCGUCGGGCUCGUGAUCAACGCCAUCAUGCUGGGAUGCAUCUUCAUGAAAACGGCGCAGGCGAACCGGCGCGCGGAGACGCUCAUCUUCAGCAAGCACGCGGUCAUCACCGUCAGGAACGACAAGCUGUGCUUCAUGUUCCGCCUCGGGGACCUGAGGAAGAGCAUGAUCAUCAGCGCCACGGUGCACAUGCAGGUGGUGCGCAAAACCGUCACCAACGAAGGAGAGAUCGUGCCUUUGGACCAGAUCGACAUCCAGAUGGACAACCCGGUGGGCACCAACAGCAUCUUCCUGGUGUCUCCCCUCAUCAUCAGCCACGUUAUCGAUAAAAGCAGCCCUCUGUAUGAUCUAUCGGCGGCGGAUCUGCUGCACGAGGACAUCGAGGUGAUCGUCGUCCUGGAGGGGGUGGUGGAGACCACCGGCAUCACCACCCAAGCGCGGACCUCCUACCUGUCCGAGGAGAUCCUGUGGGGGCAGAGGUUCGUGCCGACGGUGUCCGAGGAGGACGGGAUGUACGCCGUGGACUACUCGAAGUUUGGGAACACGGUGAAGGUGGCGACGCCGAGCUGCAGCGCGCGUGCUUUGGAUGAAGCGGGAGGGAUGGAGAGCUUCAGACCGCUGGAGACCAGCGGCGCGUCGGUGAGGAGGAGAAUCAGACACCAGAACACCAAAGAACUGUGAAAGAACUCUGCCAUUGACCUCCUGAGACCCAAACAAAGGGCGUGUGUAUAUAUAUCGUAUCGGGACGCCCCCUUCUAAUGAACAGGUUUGACUUCUUUAGUAAGUUCCAUGAGCGCAAAUGUGACCCUGGACGACAAAACCAGUCACCAGGGCUCAGUUUUGUCAAUCUACGCAUCAGCCGAAAGCUGAAUAAGUAAGCUUUCCAUCGAUUUAGGGUUUGUUGGGACAAUAUAAGACACUGUUUGGCCUGAGAUACGACUGUUGGAAAAUCUUGAAUCUGAAAAAUGUGAAAUAUUGAGAAAAUCGCCUUGAAUGAAGUUACUCACAAUGCACUUUUUUAUACCAUAUUUAUGAUAGGAAAUAUCUUCAUGAAACAUCUUCAUAUCCUAAUGACUUCAUGUUCUGGACAAUCUUCUAAUUUCAUAGGAACAGUUUCUAUUCUCUGCGUACAAGGCGAAUGAUUGAUCGAGUCAGCGUGGAAGACCUCGAGCGGUCCGUGGAAACCUCUGGAGUGAAGUUAAACGCGGACUAUAUAUGGACAAACACAUUGGGAUUCAUUCAAAACAGAAAGGCACUUCUAAAACUCUGGCAACAAAGAUGGAAACGGAAUUCUGAAAUGCAUUUAAAAAUUGCGUUUCCAUCGUCGAAGAGUUUUGGACGCGUCUGAAGUGGUCGCUGGUAUUCGGUGGAGCGUUCAGCUGGCUUUCUGCAGACCAGGCAAGUUCUUCCACCCUGACUGAACGGUUUCUUGUUCAGCCUUGCUUCAUACCUCACACUCAUGGGAAUUACUGAAGUAUUCAAACUUGUUGGUUGGAAGCGGAAACCUUCAUAUACUUUUGGCAGUAUAGUGUGUGUGUUUAUAUUACACACACAUAGUGGUCUCCAAGAGUUUCAGAACAUCUACAGACCUGAAAAUAUGGACCUUUUUGGCCUUCAAAACAUGAUUUCAGUUCAUAACGCUCAUGAAACCUGCAGAUGGUUGUUCUGAGCACAGGAAAAAAAUCAGAUGAAGAUGCUGUUUUUAUCCACUUUUAAUGCUAACUUUUGGUAUGUCAGCCUUUUGUAGCAACGAUAUCUUCUGCAACUCAAGCCAAAGGCUUUUCUUUGAAUGUACAGAUCGGUUCCGGUUUAUUUUUCCAGUUUGCUUGACGGGGUUGAGGUCUGUCCAUCAUUUUUCAUGCUUCAGUAGAUUCCUCCCGUGGCAGGUUAGUUUUCUGGGAACUAGUUAGUUUCAAAGUUUUCUUAAUGCCCAAUUCAACUAAAUCAACAAAUUAAUUCGUCCACCAUGGUACGUAAAUGCAGUACAUUACAUUUAAUUUAUACAUAGGUAAUAUUAAUUUAUGUCAUUUAAUAUUUGUUACUUUUUGAAAUAUUUUUCUAUUUGAUAUUUUUUUAUAUGCUGCUUAUUAGCUAACAAUUUAUUAUUUUACUGUAAUCUUUAACAUCCAUUUUUAACAUCCAUUUAAUUUGAAAUCGAUAUAAAGUAUUAUUACAAUUAAAUAAAAAAUAUAUGAAAAUUAACAUUAAAUACAAAUAUUUGAAUGUUAAUUAUAUUUUUUACAUAGCCUGCUCUCUAUAUAGUCACUCAAUAACAAUUGUACUAUUUGUUUAAUAUUUUAAUAGCAUUUUUUAAAUAAUCGGAGAUGUCUUUGUACCUCUAAAACUAGCUAAGUCCACUUUAAUAAGUCUCAGGAGGUUAAUGCUGCACUACCGCGUUUGUAUUUACGGUCAAAUGUUAGAGCAAUAUUCUAUAUUGAUAUUGUAUAUUUUAGUGAGGAUAAGAAAUACGGAAGCACGCGUUUUCUCUCUCUAAAGCUCUCUUGUUGAGAGACGCACGUCUGAAUGAAGCUCUCAGGGGGUUGAGCGGCUGCACGUGCGUCGAGCGAGCAUGACGUCUCGUAUGAACGCCCUGUUUAAUGCCUGCCUCGUUAUAGAAAUAAACCAAGCCUGUUCAUUCGUACCGCG